AUGUCUGAUGCCUUCGAGGUCUUCGACAUCGACGGCAGCGGCGACAUCGACACCGCGGAGAUCUCCGCCUUGUUGCGGCUCCUAGGUGACACCACCGACGCGCAACACUUGAUCCAGGGCGCCGACACCCAGAAGCGCGGCACCAUCCGCUUCGAGGACUUUCUGGCGCUGAUGAAGGACCUGAAGGCUUCGGAGCGGUGGAAGGCGCUGCUCUCCUUCUCCCAAGCGCAGAUCGAAGACUACCGCGAUGCGUUCGCCCUCUUCGACAAGGACCAGAGCGGAGGCAUCGACCCCAGCGAGCUGCGGGCGCUGCUGAAGCUGGUGGGCCACAGCCCGUCCAAAGAUGAGCUGGAUGCCAUGAUUCAGGAGCUCGACAAGAAUGAGAGCGGCGCCAUCGAGUUCAACGAGUUCCUGUAUCUGAUGACCAAGCGCGAGCGUGGCAGCGCUGCAGCUGAUGUCGCGGAAGCCUUCAGAAUCUACGACCGCGAUCGGACAGGAUAUAUCUCUGUGGAGAACCUCCAGUUCAUGCUCACGCGACUAGGCGAGAACUUCACAGAUGAGGAGGUGUCGGAGAUGCUGCAAGAGGCGGACAAAGACCGCGACGGGAAGGUCACGUUCAAGGAUUUCGAGCAAAUGAUGACCUUCGCCUAG